ACCGUGUGGACGUAACGCACGUCGGAAGUGCAGGUGCAUCAGCAUCAUAACAAGAGCGGGACAAGGCUGGCUGGUAACGGGGAGGCGAUUUGAUCCAGUUCACAUUUCAGAUAGCAUCUGUCAUUAUUUAACGUUGUUCAUUCCACACUCGGUAACAUCGCAAUGGCUUUGAAUAAGAACAAUUCUGAAUCUGGAGGCGUCAUUAUCACCAACAAUGAAAGUGUGUUGAUGAGCUAUGAGAAUGUGGAGCUGGUGUUCUGUGAAGCAGAGUGCCUGCCUGGUGCCUUCAGGAAGAGUAAGAAGGGGAGUAUCUUCCUGACCCCCUACAGGGUGAUAUUUGUGGCAAAGGGGGGUCAUGAUGCUCUGCAGUCCUUCAUGAUGCCUUUCUACCUGAUGAAGGGCUGUGAGGUCAAACAGCCUGUCCUGGGGGCCAACUACAUCAAAGGCACAGUCAGCGCAGAGCCCGGAGGGGGCUGGGAGGGCUGUGCCACCUUUAAGAUGGUGUUUGCUGCAGGAGGAGCCAUAGAGUUUGGACAGUACAUGUUACAGGUCGCUGCACAAGCGUCCAGAGGGCAGCCUGUGAGUGGUGGCUUUGGGGGUUGUCCCUACAUGGGCAACGGGGCCUAUGCUUACCCUCCUCCCCCAGCCAAUGGGUACCCGGCAGGACCCCCACCCGGGUACUCUUACCCCAACCCUCCACAAGGUGUAUUCUACCCCAACCCACCAGCGUUUGAUGGUCCUGCUGCCUACAUGCCCCCUCCUCCCUACUCCGCCCCCCUGGGGCAGCAGGCCCCCCACGACCCUGGCCUGCCUUCCACACCUGCAGCAGAGGCAAAGGCAGCAGAGGCAGCAACCAGUGGCAGCUGUUCCACACUUCCUCCCACCUACUUGCCACAGGACAACCCACCCCCCUACUCCCCUACUGAAGACAAGAAGAGCCAGUAGAGAGCCUGUAUUUCAGCUCCCACCCCUCCUUCACACGGCCUGUACCACCCCCCCAUCUCUCUAUCCCUAUGAUGUCUUUGUUCCUCCUUUCUCUUCCACCAACCCCUCCUUUUGGUCUAUAUCCUCCCCUCCUCUGGCCAGUCUCUUAACUUACAACCAGCUAGCUAUGUCAGCUCCACUCUCCCCAGCUCGUGUACAGGCAGUUACCUUCUGAGUUUCACUAAACAGUUCUCUCCACCUGACUUUAACUAAGCAGUGUUACUUACAGCUUUUCUAGUGGUUGAUGAUAUGAUUGUAGCUUGUUUGAGCCAAAGAUGUCAGGAAAAAGGGGAAUAAUUAGGUUAAGACGGAGGUGUUUUUGACUGAGGUUUAGUAGUAUUCUUGGGUACCUGCCUUUUUCUGCAUUGCCAAACACUACAUUUUCUUGCCAGAUCAGACAACGGCAAGUUGGCUAAAGCAGAAUCGGACAGACAUGCAGGAUCAAGGUUUAGCAGGUCGUUUUGGUGAGAACCUGGUUUAUUUCAGAAGACCGUUGAUGACUAAUUGAACAGGACUGUGAUUUCUCAGCUUUCCAGGGGCUAGCGAAAGGCUGUAUAUUGUUGAUUUAAUUUAUUAUUUCUCUGUACAGGCUUUUAAUGUGACAACUUUUAAUGAGAGGAUAGCAGUAGAUCAUUGGACCAGGUCUUUGUUGAAAAUUUACAUAUCUGAAAUAACACCCUUCUAUAAAGGGAAUAUAGUGUAAUUUGAGACUUUCCCGUUGUGUUGAUAGGAACCAAAAUGUCCGGUAUAGUGGAAAGCUAUCUAGAACACUAAGAAUCCCUGAUCCUAGUUGAACUAUCAAACUACAUGGAAAGAUGAUCUUAGCUAUCUGCGACUACUGCUACUUCCUGUGUGUGUAUAUAGAGCAGUUGCCCUAUGAUGUCAUGUCCUGUGUCACUCUUCUGAACAUUCUAGAACUCACUCACCCACCACAUCAAGGAAAUUAAACAAAUGAAAUAGUUCCUUGCAUCACAUCACUCUGCAGUGUUCUGGACUAACAGAUUAGAUCAAUAGUCACAUCUCUCACAUUUAACUACACUGAUGGCUAUCAACUUCUCUUGUGGUGUGUCCUUCACUGACAUGUUUGAGGUCAGUCUCCUGAAUCUGAUCUGAGCACCUUAAUAUUUGGGCAUCUCUCUUUCUCUCUGGCACAAUGCAGCUGGAAGAUUCUUUGCACUUUCAGAAUGCUAUGCAUCGGGCCUCUUUGCGCCUGCCAUGGCUAUGUGUAUAGUAAAAAAAAAAAGUCAGAUAUGGCUAUAUUUAUUUCAAGUUCCCACUAAUUUAUUGAUAAAUUCAUUUGAAAUGGUCAAAUAUAUUAUUAAAAAGACCAAAGCAUGGGCUCAAUUGUAACUAAUAUGGAUAGAAUUUUUAUUAAACUGAUCUUGUGAUGUGAAGUGUGUCCAUUUUAUUUAUUUGACAGUAGUUCAUUUUUCUGUACACAUUGUGAUGCAAGCCUGGGUACCUGACUUUCUGUUUUUUUUUU